AGUUUUGUUCGAUUUCAUUUCACAAUAUUUAAGAACUCUUCAUAAACUCAUCUUGAUUUUGAAGUUCAGCUGAAUAAAAAUUAGGAAACCUAAAUUUCCCUGUUAAUGUCACACAUUUGACCUAUAGGUCGAACUCGAUGCAAGCAAACUCACAAUCCGCGCGCCCUUUGUUGUUAUUUCCCGGCAUCAAACAAGCAGAUCUCGCAGACGAUAUUUUUUCACAUUUAUUCUAUAAUUCUGAACUUCAGAUACCGGCAAUGGAUCCGGUCGGUUCGAAAGAUUUGGCAUUUCGUAAAAUCUGCACAGAGCGCUUCAUCUUGUCGAUAUGCUACAGCCUGCUGCAACAGUAUUUGCUGGUGACGAUCUUUCUAUUGUUUAUCAACUUCAGCAUUCUGCAUCCGAUAAGCUGGAUCAUCGGAACAGUGCGCCUGCUUGUGUCUUUCUAUCCGUGGAUUGCUUCGGUUCCGUUGGCUGCCGCCGUGACGGUGCACGGGAUAGUGCUGGCGAAAUCGUGCCUGUUAGAAUCACGGUACCAUUCAACAUAUUUUCUUAAAUUGUACCGUAACUUCAUACAGCGGUCGGUACUUUUACUUACAAAUGGUACCAUUGGUUGCUUGACCGCUUGGUUGUAUACACGAUUCCUACGAGACGAGUAUCGGUUACUGUUCCUGACCAGCGAGCAAGAUGAAACUGUGGUUCUCAACGACCGUUUCGUGUAUCUGCUAAUGAGUGGAGUAUUCGGUGGAAGUUAUUACUUCGUUAAGGAGCAUCCAAAUCCGGGAGCAGCAGAUUUUCCGAUUAUCCUUCUACCGAAAGUGGCUCAGUAUGGGAACAAUUUAAGCAGUGUGUUUACGAAAUCGAUGAAGAAAUCAGUUAUAGGCAUGUUCAUCUACAUGAGCUUCUACUACACAUUUUCGUAUCUAUUUAGACAAAAGUUAGCUUCUCUUCUCGGAGGGGUUAGACUUCAGGGUGACUCUACCCUGUACAGUUUCUGUAAUGUCGUGAUGGAUAUUCGCCUGUUACUCUACACCUGGCUGUUUUCUGCCCUGAUUUUAAGCAACAUACAUCUGAUGCACGUGUUGUUCCGCAUUUUUCUAACCGAACCCCAACACUUCAGCCUAGAGACAAGCAUUUUCCAAGCGAAUGAUGAACCUCUGCUCGCGGACGCAUUGGCCUAUAAGCAAAUUCCAAUUGUGCAGCAACUGGCAGCAGAGGAUCUGUGCGCUAUAGCCGAAGCACAGGACAACCUGAGACGGAAACAAUUGUUCGCAUUAACAGUGCCCGGAGGACAUCCCAACAAUUGGCGAAAGGUGUACGAAGUAUGCAUGAAGCUGAUAGGAGAUUUUACACAGGAGCUGGAUCUCUCGAUUGAAGGGAUCGAACCGAAACCCGCACCACCAAUGGUUUUAAUGGGAGGAGUUCUGCGACCAACGGCAUCAAUGGACAAAGAACGCUUUAUGAAGAAGCAGUAUAACCAAAACUUCGGCAUUCGUAGCUUAUCGACGCCAACGUUGGCCGGCACAAACGGGAAUUCCGAACAUCAUGCAAAAUUUCACGGCAAGGCAGUGGAACAUGUCAUCUCAUUAGCCAUGAUGUUGAAGCGUGUACCUGGCUACGAUUUCCUGUUCGUUGAAUCUAAAUCGUCGAAAAGCUAUUAUUUGCUGUCGAUUCAAUCACAAUUGAUAGUAAAAGUGACGCAAAGUUUGGUAGCCAUCGCCAGUCGCUCUCUUGCCGAAGACACUUACGGCGUCUUGCAAAACGAUUUACCAUGCAUCGUCCAUACGUUGCUGGAACUGAAAAAAGUAGUCGAUAAAAUCGGUUCCAUCAAUUUGGACGUAAAGAGAGUCGAUCGUAACUAUAUCGCUCUGAAAGGCGCCGUAAAGAAAAGUCUGUACAGAUUUACCACAGCUUUCGGGCCAUACAUUAAGCAUCUUGUAAUCGAACCAGACGAUAUAAAGGCGCUACAGGCUUUCGUAAACUUCCGUGAAGUUUAACUGAGUUCUGGUAGUGAACUAUAGUUUUGUCAAAUACAUUCGACAUCAUGAAAUGAAUCAUUUGUAAGGAAAACUAAAUUGAAUUCUAACAGCUAGUUAUGAAGACUUUGGAAAAAAAAUCUUUAUGAACAGGUAGACCUCAGGACGAGAUAAGGUAUAUAGCAAUGUUAGAUCAAUGGUCACUUUUAAGUUCACCGUCGAAAUAUUGAAUGAUUCGAAUAAUCAUGAAAUAACAUCGAAGUCCAGUUCUGGAAAAAUGUAAACAAACAACUAUACUUCAACUAGAAUUUCAUACAUGAAUGUCUGUUAACGGUUAAAAACAUAAUACGACAGUGAAUAAGUUAUGAUAAAGGAAAAUAUGCGACAGGAAAUCAGUAUCGCUACAAAUUCGAUAAGAGCUGGAAAUUUAGGAAAUCGAUUGGGAAAAUAAAUAUUUUUCUUAAUUCUAAAAUUA